AUGCAUCCUCUUCUGCUUCUCGCUCUGUUCCCACUGGCUGAAGCCAAAGGAUGGCUUAGUCCAGUGUCAUACGACAAUAUUGAUUACUAUGAAAUUGAUAUCAAGCCUGUCGAUAUCGAGAUCUACCCUGGCAAGAAAGCACGACACGUCGGGUACAAUGGUACGGUCCCUGGGCCGACUUUCAAGAUGAAGCAAGGGCGUGAAGCAGUCGUUCGCUUCAUCAACCAUGCCGAUCGUGCAAACUCGGUUCACCUCCACGGCUCAUACAGUCGCGCUCCCUUUGAUGGCUGGGCAGAAGACACAACUGAACCCGGACAAUACAAAGACUACUACUAUCCCAACGCUCAAGCUGCCAGGACACUCUGGUAUCACGAUCAUGCCGUUGGACACACUGCCGAAAACGCUUACUAUGGACAAGCUGGAUUCUACAUCCUGGAAGAUGAUCAGAAGAACUCUCUUGGUCUACCAUCUGGCAACUACGACAUCCCUCUUGCCCUUGCAGCCAAGCGAUACAACGCUGAUGGCUCGCUCUGGGACCCUGAGGCUAAUGGAGAGACCACAAGUGUCUUCGGUGAUGUGAUUCAGGUCAAUGGACAACCUUGGCCCUACCUUGCAGUAGAACCCCGCAAAUAUCUGUUCCGCUUCCUUGAUACUUCUGUUAGUCGUUCGUUCCAACUUUACGCCGAAGCAGACAAGAAAGUCGGCACUCGCAUUCCAUUCUCAGUCAUCGGCUCAGAUGCAGGCCUCCUUGCUAGUCCUGUCAGUACCACCCAGCUCGACAUCUCUAUGGCCGAGAGAUGGGAAGUGGUCUUCGAUUUCUCUUCAUAUGCUGGUCAGAAUAUCACACUCAAGAACACAGGCAAUGUUGCUGCAGAUGAUGACUUUGACGGCACCGAUCGUGUUAUGCGAUUCAUGGUCGGCAAUUCUGUGAGCGACAACACUAACAAUGGUCCUCUACCGGCAACUCUUCGCAGCGUACCACUUCCACCUGCCAAAACAACUGUCGACCGCUCUUACGAAUUCAUGCGCAGCAAUGGCGAAUGGCAGGUUAAUAAUGUUGUCUGGAGCGAUGUCCAAGACCGUGUCAUUGCGAAGCCCGAGAGAGGAGCUGUUGAACGCUGGGAGCUUGUCAACAGUGCAGGAGGCUGGAGUCACCCGAUUCACAUUCAUCUCAUCGACUUCCAAGUCGUCAGUCGCACUGGUGGUACACGUGGUGUUCUCCCAUACGAACAGACCGCCCUCAAAGAUGUUGUUUGGUUGAACAAGAACGAGAAGGUUCAAGUUCUUGCCCGCUAUGGCCCAUGGGACGGACUCUAUAUGUUCCAUUGCCACAAUUUGAUCCACGAAGACCACGACAUGAUGGCCGCCUUGAAUGUCACCGCUUUGAAGGAUCUCGGCUACGACGAGAAGACCACCUUCAUUGACCCCAUGGACCCCCAGUACCGUGCCAAAAGCUUCAAGCCCGAGGAUUGGACCAAUCGUGAUGGCGACUUCGAAAGCGAAGCAAUUUCCAACAAGUGCAAGGAAUUUCAAGCCAUGAAUGCUUACAAGAGUGUGGGAGAGGUCGAGCAAAAACUUGAGGAGUACUGGAAGACCCAUAGUUCCCAGACCACGCUCGUGACCAAGACUUCAUCUAGUGGUGGUGGUGGGACUACUACCGCGACUGGCUCUGGUAGUGGUUCGUCAGGGGCUUCUGGUUCGGGAUCUUCAGCAGCUUCGCCAACCGGUGCAACUUCAGACACAAAGGCUAGCAGUACAGGGGGCAGCACACUCAUUACAUCGGCGAGCUCGGCGAAGAGCACUUCUACUAAGAGUGACGAUAAAGGUGGAAAAAGCAAGACGACAACGAAGAAGUAG